AUGACUCCCUCAAAGCGCCGAGUACCAUAUAAAACUGUCGGCCUCGUCUGCUGCGAUAUGUUCGCGACGUUUGUUGCAGGCUCCGCGGCGAUCCUGAUGAACCAAGUUUCCAGGAUGACAGGAACAGACAUGCGACGACCGCUGAGCGGAGAGACUUCGACUGGCUGUGAGGCUUCUUCUUAUAUCGUUGAUUUGGGUUGCCGGUUAGGAGCAAUAAGGUCUCUCGAAUGGAAGUGGGCGGGUAUCGUCGCCAUCGCCUGCUACGGCAUCGCUAUGAGCGUCCGCUACUCCAUCCCCACGAAUGGCAAACGACAUCAUGAUUGGGUUAUAGUCUCCGCAUGCGUUCUGGGGAUGAUGGCGGGCAACCUGGCCGGCAUGGAGCCGCCAGAGGUUCUAUUUCAAGUCCUCCCGGGCCUGACACUAGCUUCCCUUCUGCUGUCCUCUUUCAUGUUUGAUGCGGCCGAUCUUUUGAAAGCCCGAUCACUGAAUAGGCUAGUGGCAAUGUCAAUAUUCCAGUCGGGACGGAUAGCUUAA